CAAACAAUCUCAUUAACUAAAAUAUAUUAGUAUAUUUUACUUAAAAUGAAUUAGUGUGGUUAAUCCGCUGCCUUAUUUAUCUGGAACUUUUCAAUUUAGCUACGAAUACAUAAAGAUUCGAAGUUACCGACUCCGGCGACUUGACCAUCCUCGAUUCUCUCCGAUCCCAUUCGCAUUCCCUCCGAUUCUUCUCCGCCGUGUUUUUCCGGCUAAGAAGACGAUCAAACACUCGGCAGAAAUCCGCCUACUUUGAUCCACAGGUUGGAUUCGUUCGAAAGAAAUUGGGAGGAAUACGUUGUGUAUCAGCGUAAGAUGGAUGGCCCAAGGAGUUAUGUCCCUCCUGCAUAUGUUCCAAUAAGCCAGUCUGAUUUAGAAGCGGAGAUCAGUUCCAGAGACGAGAGCAACCCCACACCUAAUGAACUCAAGGAUGGAUUGUCACAAUGGUCGUCUGGAAUCUGUGCAUGCUGCGAUGAUAUGCAGAGCUGUUUUAUUGGCCUUUUUUGUCCAUGCUUUCUGUUUGGGAAGAAUGCAGAACUUUUGGGUUCUCGAACAAUGUUUGGGUCAUGCGCAACUCAUUUCAUUUUGUGGGCACUUACAAAUACCGUCUGCUGCUUAUUGAGUGAUGGAAUUUUGUGGAAUGUACCUGGAUGCUUUCUUGCAUGUUAUGCCUGUGGCUACCGCAAGGCCCUACGGUCGAAGUACAAUUUGCCAGAAGCACCUUGUGGAGACUUUGUGACCCACUUUUUCUGCCAUUUCUGCGCUAUCUGUCAAGAAUAUAGGGAGAUUCGUGAAAGAGCUGGUGGAUACGGUUCCCAUGAGUUGAAUCUGACUGUUGUUACCCCGCCAACUACUCAAACAAUGGAAUCUAACCCAGAAACAUAGUUACUUCAUUGCUGGAGCUUCCGAUAAAUACCGGUAAAUUAUCAGAUUGUUCUCUCAGUACAGAGUUCCUUCUUUCCUUCUUCUAUUCUUCUGGGAUUUUUCUGAGUUACUAAUUUUACUCUUAUUAUGAUGGGAUUUCCCCCCUUGCCUUCGUCCAGUUUAAUAUUAGUGUUAGAGAGCCAGUUAUAUUAGUAAUUGAUAAACUUUUGUAUAUUUUGUAUUCUUUUUAUUUUGAACAUGGAAACGGGAGAUGUAAUAUUUGUUAAGUUUAUAUUUAAGUUAGGUUGAUUUUACUGUUUAUUUGAUGCUGCA